AUGAGGCUCAGCAGUCGCCAGCUCGCAGGCAGAAUGGUAGCAGGACAAGUUCAGAAACCGCCCGAGGAAAAAUGCCACCUCCGCAGGCUCUCCAAGACACCUCAUCCAGCAUCACCUAGGAGUCGCAAGAAGCUCCAAGUUAUCAUUUGUGUUCUGCUUGUGGAGCUAUUCGAAAGAUUCACAUUCUUCGGCAUUGUGUGCAACAUGAUUCUCUUCUGCACCGUUAAGCUCGGCUACGACAACUACUUGGCUGCAACAGUCAACCUGUGCUUUAUAGGAGCCAGCACCCUCACUCCUGUGCUGGUAGGCUGGUUUGCUGAAACCUGUCUAGGAAGAACUAAAGUGCUUUACCUGUGUGCUUUCCUCCAUUUCUUUGGUACGGCCAUGCUCCCUGUCGUGGCAUUUCCUUUUGAAGAUUUCUACAUUGACACGCAUCACUUGUGCCAUAAAUUGGAACCUCAUGAGCAGCAGGCCCUGUUCUACACCGGCCUCCUAGCUGCUGUGUUGGGCAUUGGCGGUAUCCGUGCUAUUCUUUGUCCAAUGGGAGCAUACAGCCUGCAAAGCUACAAUCAAUACCAGCUACUGGGCUUCUUCAACUGGUUCUACUGGUUGGUUAACCUGAAUUCCACUGUUGUGUUUCUGGGUAUUGCUUACAUCCAGCAAUCUGUGGCCAAAAAUCUGGCUUUCCUAAUCCCCUUCACCUCUGCACUAUUGGCACUCAUCGCCAUCCACAUGAUGCGCAACAAACUCACCUACAAACCCAAGAAAGGCGGAUCCCUGUUGACCACCCUUGGGGUUUUCUUAAACUCUCUCAAGAUGUGCUGCCUUCACUAUCGUCACCUUAGUGGAGAAGUGCCAUCAUGGCUGGACCGGGCCAAGGAGAACAAUGGUGGCCGAUACAGCGAGACUCAUGUAGAGAACGUCAAAGUCCUGGCCAAGCUCUUCCCUCUUUAUGGACUUCAGUUGUUCUACAGAGCCUGUAUCACUCAGAUCCCAUCAGGGUACUACAUUCAGGCCAUGAACUCAAACCUUCACCAUAAUGACGUCCUGUUGCCGAUCGGGACUAUGAAUGUGAUCAGCAUUUUACCUUUGCUGGUGUUGGCCCCACUGAUCGAGUGCGUUACAACCUUCUCUCUCUCCUUGGCAAAAACUCCACUUGCACCUACAAGAAUAAUUACUCUUGGACAUGCGUGUGCAGCUCUGUCUGUCCUGGUAGCAGGCUUGUCUGAGAUGCACAGGAAGGCUUACCCCCUGGUGGAGCAAACCCUCUCUGGGAAGGUUCUGCAAGUAUCGUCCAUGCCGUGUUUCCAGCUGGCUGCGCAGUACAUCUUACUUGGGCUGGCUGAGGCUCUGGUCACUCCAGCAUGUUCCCUCAUAUCUUUCCAACUGACUCCGGGCCACAUCCGAGGAAUCUCCUUGCACUUCCUCACAUUGUCCUAUGGGGGAGGCUGCUUCCUCGGAGCCCUCUGCAUUCAGCUGGUCUACCUCAUGUCUGGAGGUAACUUCUACCCAAAUGUGCUGCAUGAUGGGAACCUGGAGAGAUUUUUCUUCCUGAUGGCCACGCUGAUGUCACUAAAUACUUUUGUGUACUGGAGUAUAUCUCACAGAUACAUGGACUUGAGUGCGCAGGGUAAAGCGCUGACCGUCAGCCCGCUAACUGAGAAGUUGCUACAGUACAAAGCACGCCUGCGGUACUACGACACCAUGGAUCCCUCGUACACAAGCAACUCCUAUGAAUCGAUCAUAUGA